UGCAGUUGAAGCACAUCAAAGCUCCAAACAAAAGGCAAAAACUGUUGUUUUUUUUUCUUCCCUUCAGCUAUUCGCUCUUCCUCUGGUUUACCCCGAAAAAGUUGUUUUCUGUAUGGAGAAAUCGAUGAAUUCAACAACUUUAGCUCGAACAAAAUCGGAGCAACUGGUGAUUGAGACGCAGGCGGCGGCGACGCAGACGUCCAAGUCACCAACGAUGCAAAAUGAAGAUGCACCGAUAACAUCGGAAAGCAUGGGAACUCUGUCGCGGAAGUCAAGCCAGCGGAUGGUGGUGGGUGCAUCGCCGGGGCGGAGCAGCGGCGGUAACAAGAAUAACUCCCACAUUAGGAAGGCUAGAAGUGCUCAGGUGAAGCUGGACGUGGAAGAGUUGAGCAACGGGGCUGCUCUCAGCCGCGCCUCUAGCGCUAGCUUGGGCUUAUCUUUUUCCUUCACUGGCUUCACCGUCCCACCUGAUGAAAUCACUGAUUCCAAACCCUUCAGCGACGACGAUAUUCCUGAAGACAUUGAAGCUGGCACCUGUAAGCCGAAAUUUCAGACAGAACCUACUUUACCAAUAUAUCUAAAGUUCAGUGAUGUGACUUACAAGGUGAUCACCAAAGGAAUGACAACUUCUGAAGAGAGGGAUAUAUUGAAUGGAAUCACCGGUGCUGUAAGUCCUGGGGAAGUUCUGGCACUUAUGGGACCUUCAGGAAGUGGGAAGACCACACUUCUUAAUCUGCUUGGUGGCAGGUUAAUUCAGUCCACUGUAGGUGGUUCAGUCACAUACAAUGAUCAACCCUACUCCAAAUUCCUCAAAAGCAAGAUCGGAUUCGUGACUCAAGACGAUGUCCUGUUUCCUCACCUUACAGUGAAAGAAACAUUGACCUAUACAGCCCGGUUGCGACUGUCCAAGGCUUUAUCGAGACAGCAGAAGGAAAAGCGAGCCAUAGAUGUCAUAUAUGAGUUAGGCUUGGAGAGAUGUCAAGACACCAUGAUAGGCGGCUCAUUCGUCCGUGGAGUGUCCGGUGGAGAAAGGAAAAGAGUUUGUAUUGGCAACGAGAUCAUAAUCAACCCUUCCCUUCUCUUUCUUGAUGAACCAACCUCUGGUUUGGAUUCCACCACCGCUUUAAGGACAGUUCAAACAUUACAAAACAUAGCCGAGGCCGGGAAGACUGUGAUAACAACAAUCCACCAGCCAUCAAGUAGACUGUUCCACAAAUUCGACAAGUUGGUUCUUCUAGGGAAAGGCAGUUCGCUUUACUUCGGGAGAGCUUCGGAAGCAAUGGCUUAUUUCUCAUCUAUAGGUUGUUCCCCUCUCAUUGCCAUGAAUCCAGCAGAGUUCCUGCUUGACCUUGCAAAUGGGAACAUAAAUGACAUAUCUGUGCCAUCGGAAUUAGAGGACAAAGUACAAAUGGGGAAUUCUGAAACUGAAACAAGAAACGAGAAGCCACCACCGGCAGUCGUUCAUGAGUAUCUUGUCGAGGCCUACGAGUCGAGAGUUGCAGAAAAUGAGAAGAAGAAGCUUAUGACUCCUCUUCCCUUGGAUGAUGAAAUUAAGUUAAAAGUGUUUUCUUCGAAACGGGAAUGGGGGGCAAGCUGGUGGCAACAAUAUUGCAUCUUAUUCUGCAGAGGGAUCAAAGAACGAAGGCAUGAUUAUUUUAGCUGGUUGAGAAUCACCCAAGUUCUUUCUACAGCAAUCAUCUUGGGAUUACUGUGGUGGCAGUCUGAUAGUAAAAGCACCAGAGGCCGUCAAGAUCAGGCGGGGUUAUUGUUCUUCAUUGCUGUCUUCUGGGGAUUCUUUCCUGUCUUUACCGCAAUCUUCACUUUUCCUCAAGAGAGAGCCAUGCUUAGUAAAGAAAGAGCAGCUGACAUGUACAGAUUGAGCGCAUAUUUUUUAGCGAGGACUACAAGCGACCUUCCACUUGAUCUAAUAUUACCAGUACUUUUCCUUCUGGUAGUCUACUUUAUGGCUGGCCUGAGACUGAGUGCCGGCCGCUUUUUCCUCAGCAUGCUUACGGUUUUUCUCUGCAUCAUUGCCGCCCAGGGUCUUGGACUAGCCAUUGGUGCCACACUAAUGGACUUAAAGAGGGCUACAACUUUGGCUUCAGUAACUGUGAUGACCUUCAUGCUGGCUGGUGGCUAUUUUGUGAAGAAAGUUCCAGUGUUCAUAUCCUGGAUCCGCUAUAUGUCUUUCAACUAUCAUAUUUACAAGCUUCUUCUCAAAGUACAGUACCAAGACAUUACGCCUCCAGUAAACGGGAUAAAAACAGACAAUGGCUUAUGGGAAGUGGGUGCUCUGGUAGCAAUGAUCUUUGGCUACCGUGUCUUAGCAUACCUGUCUUUGCGGAGGAUGCAACUUCACCGUGGAGCUUAAUGAUACAGUGAUUUCGACGAGUGUCUGAUGAAAAAAGCUUCUCGUUGCCACUAUGCCGAGGCCGUAAGGAUAAUUCUGAAAAGCUUGGGCAUUAUCAGAGAGAAGUGUUAUAAAAGAGGAUCAAGAAUCAGCAGCACCUUGGGAUUUUACCUUAAGAGUUGGUCAAUGCUCUCAUAUAACAAGGGAUAGUUUUGAUGAGAAUUUCACAUAGUAUAAGCAAAGCAAGCAUGAAGAUUUUAGUAUCAGGAGAAUCCUAGUCCUAACAUAUGCUUUUGAAUUAAGGAUAAAAUAACUUUAACUUCAUGGAGUUCUUAUUCUUAGUCAUACACUGAAAGGCAGCCUUUCGAUUUGUAAGUAACCAUUAUUUACCAAUUAUCUUUGGAAUUUGGUAACCAGUUUAUCAACAGAGAUAGAAAGCUGCAAGAUGAAUGUUAGUA